GAACCCUUUGGUGAGUAACUCAUCGCAUCCGAAUUUAUAAUGCCCUCUAGGACGAGGAACUCGAAUUCAAGCGGGCUCGGCCGUGCGAUUAUAAAUAAAAAGGUCAAGGAUGCACGGAAGAUACAGGAGUCUGGAAUGUAUACUACGGAUGUAGACUCAACAUCCAGAUUGAAAUCUGUGACCCAGGAGCGAGAUCUCGAGGAAUUUCUCAACACGGCCCAACUCGCAGAAACCGAUUUUACCGCAGAACGUAGGAACGUACGGGUAAUACAGCAAUCGGCGGAUGCGUCUCACAAUCCGUAUCUGCUCAGCGAAGUGGAGGAAAAGAAAACGUUAAAGAAGCACAUUGACAACAAACAGCGAUUAAGAGUCCCAAGGCGACCCCCUUGGACCAAGACAAUGACUCCUGCUGAGCUUGAACAACAGGAGAAAGCAGCUUUCCUAGAUUGGCGGAGAGAAUUGGCUGUAUUACAGGAAGAAGAAAACUUCUUGCUGACGCCUUUUGAACGUAAUAUAGAAGUCUGGCGACAACUGUGGCGUGUUUUGGAGCGUUCUCAUUUAAUUGUUCAAAUAGUCGAUGCUCGAAAUCCUUUGCGUUUCCGUUGUGAAGAUCUGGAGGACUAUGUCAUGGACGUCGAAGGGCCUGAAGGCGAAAAAGGCACUGGAAGAGCAAUACGGCGAAGUUUAUUGCUCAUCAACAAGGCCGAUUUGCUCACUGCAAAACAAAGAACACAAUGGGCCGAUUAUUUUGACUCGCAAGGUAUUCAAUAUGCAUUCUUCUCUGCGGCGAAUGCAGCAGCAAUUCAGGAAGCCCGCCGUGAGGCGUCUCUUAGAGCACAUGAAAUUACAAAGGAUGAAGAGGGCGCUGGACUUCUGCCUGAAGAGCAAAUAGAUGGUGCUAAGGAUAAUGAUGACUCAGAGAGUGUUGCAUCCUCAAACGACCUCGAAUCUUACUUUUCCGUAGAAGAGGAGAACAUUGAGGGCGCAGAUCCGAGAGCCCGCGUCUUAUCGGUUCUGCAAUUGGAGGAUCUUUUCGUGCAAAAAGCGCCUGAUCUUACUGCAUUCGUGGACGCAUCUGGUAGACCCCCUUCAAAGUUAAUGGUCGGCCUCGUUGGCUAUCCUAAUGUCGGUAAAUCCAGUACUAUUAACUCCCUUCUGGGCGAGAAAAAAGUCAGCGUCUCUUCGACCCCCGGGAAAACCAAGCAUUUUCAGACCAUCCAUCUUUCUGACUCAAUUGUGUUAUGCGAUUGUCCAGGUCUAGUAUUUCCUCAAUUUGCCACCACAAAGGCAGCUUUGGUGUGUGAUGGCGUAUUGCCGAUUGAUCAGAUGAAGGAAUAUACUGGCCCCAUCUCCUUGGUUGUGCAACGAAUUCCUCAAAACGUUUUGGAGGCUACAUAUGGACUUUCUAUCAAUGUAAAAGGAGUUGAAGAAGGCGGAAAUGGACAAAUGUCUGCUGAAAACCUGCUCGUUGCCUACGCCAUUGCUCGUGGCUACGCCCGUUCUGGUCAAGGAAACCCAGAUGAAGCCCGUGCUGCACGAUACAUAUUGAAGGACUACGUGAACGCCAAAUUACUGUUCUGUCAUCCGCCGACGGAAGUUGAUGAGAAAGACUUCAAUGCUCAGACUCACGAAAUCUCUCUGCGUCGGGUGGCAGGCAAGAAGAAAGCUCCAGUCACCCGCGUGGGCAAAGACGCGGACACUUUUAUUGCAUCGGCUUUUCUUCCACGUGCCAUUCUGCCUGCACUCGGACAGGGGCCCAAAUCGCGAGCCUUGGAUCAAGAAUUCUUCGAAAAAUCAUCUGUGGGCGGCGCUGUAUACGCGAAAGGCGUCGUUCAUGGUGGAAAGGAAUUCUUUCGACCAAUCGCUUUGCCACAUCAAAACUCUGUCACUGACAACGGAACGGCAAUUCAACCGAAAUACACUAGGACCCCCAUAUUGACGAAUAAUGGUCGAGAUCCAGGUGACAAAAAGCACAAAAAACCCAAACGAGUGAAACAGAGAAGUGGAGGGGGUUAUGACUGAUGUAGUGAACCGCAGACAUAACAGUAACUCAGUUUUCUAUGUACGACUUUCAACAGGCCGGAAACGAAGCAGCAAGGAGUCGGAGUUUCAAAUUAGUAUUAUACAUUAUGUCACGCGCCUUCGUUUGUCAC